AUUCCGACGUGUCAUCAUGUCUUACUAUGAUAUUGACUCCAUCUUGACUGAUGCACAGAAACUACCGUGUACAUUUGAGCUCGAAGUACCCGGACUCGGUAUUCUAGAGGGCAAUGCGGGCGAAGAUAUCAAAGCUGGAACCCGGAUCGACCUUCCACUAUGGCUAGGUGAAAUGCUCUCGAUCGGGGCACGUUUAGGAACGGCCCGUCUAGUCACGCUCGACAUGCCCGAUGCACUUUCGGAAAGGGUGAUGAACGCGCUGAAGGCAGAUCCCCGCACACUUGACUUGCGUGCUCUAGCACCGCAUUUCUACAACCUGAGCGAACGGAUUCUCGAACUCUUCGAGGAAGAAGAAAUGGUUGAUGUUCUCGGAGAUGCAUUUAAGAAACGAGCGGCAGAGAUCGCUGAUCACGCGCACAACUCGCGUGGUGCAGUCGGUGGUGGGGUUGACUUCCUCCGCGGGCUGGAUGAGACUGAGCGACAAUUGUUCCGCGCUGCUCAUGAUCGGGCCAAGGAUAUGCGGAUAUGGUCUGGUGAGGCGAAACGGCUGCGUCCAAACCGGGAAACUGGGGGCUUUCCACGGCACGUCAAUUAUGUGCAUUCGGUAAACAUUAUGCCUGCAGCCACCAUGGAUGAGAAGUCUAAAAGAAGGAGCUCAGCCGCUGGUCAGCCUGCUCCUUCGCACUCUCAAAGCCCCGUUUAUCAUUCCAGGGCUGUACCCAAACGCAGUGUCUCUUCUAAAGAUAACUCUAGCUUGUCAGGACGUCCUCAACACCCUUCACUUUCCCGGGUCAAGGGCCGAACGAAUAUGUUUACUCCGCCUCGGAUGAGUCCAGAAGUCUCAUGGCUGGGAGAUCAGUCCCCUAUCCACCGGGGCACAAGGACACCAAACCACUUACCUGAAACUCUAGAACCUGCUACCCCUACAUUAGUCAACCCCGCCUCGGCCCUCUUGCAGGAUUUACUGAAAGAAGAACGCGCGCACCGAAGCUCCCGGGGAACAAUAUCAGAAGAUUAUAAAGAGAAUGCUUCCCAAACUCCGGAGACAUCUCGAGUCCAGGAAGAUGCUGCGUCCGAUAAAGCACGCAAAGUGAACGACGUUUUCUCUGCUGGCCAGAGAAGACCCAAAGAGAUGGGCAUGCGAGAAAUGGACCAAUAUGUCUCGAAGAUGAACAAGCUCAAUUUCGAUCUGAAGCUCGAGGUCUUCCACCGUACACAACAAAUGGCUGCAUAUGAAAAGAAGCUUGAACGCAUGGCGGAGAUGGAAGAACAACUAGCGCACAUGGACGAUUUAGUAGCGGAAGUGGAGGAGCUUCGAACUACCGAGAAAGACAACCAGAUCCUACGUGAAUCUAACGAGCAACUCCGAAUCGACCUCGACAAGCGAGACCUAGCUGUUACCGAAGCUGUCGAGCUCAUCUGUCAGUUGGAAUCGAAACUUGAAAUGCUGGAGAACGGCGGCCGGGCUUCCAGGCUUUCUAUAUCACGCCCGAUGACCGCCGAUGGGUCUGACACCUUCGCGCGGAAACCACGAGCCACGAUUGAGAUACCAGAGAGAAAGUCUUCCAUGCGAAACUCGAGUGUCCUGAGCGUAGCUCAACGCCAGACAUCUUCUGAGCUACGCAAACUCUCGAAAGCACCCUCUUUCCUACGAGCAGAUAAUAAAAGUACUGCCACUCUGCGGAGCCUUUAUACACCCGAAGAAGAAACCCAGUCCCACUCUGCAAGGACGGAAUUGUCGAAAUCAGAGAGCUUCCACACGACCACCGAAAUCAUGGAGCCCGAAUCACCCAGACUGAGUGUCCUGAGUGAAUGCAGUGAGCUGAACCCGUUCGACACGCCUACGAGGUGGCAAGAAUUUGAUCAGCUUGAGAUUCCUCUUCGGAGAUCGUCGUCCGCUGCAGGCAGCUUGGAUAGCUAUGUUCCCCAUCACGGACGGGAAGAAAGCAAAGAAGAUCAGAUCGAUCGGUGGAUGCAGACCCGUGAAGACGCAAAUCAGACGAUAAUCACGAGACGUAAGAAUCGAGCAUCGUCUGAUGCUACCAGGACCAGCAUCUCCACCUUUACACCAGACUUGUACGCCCCAAAGCCGCGUGGGCGGGGACGAUUGGAUGCAACUCUUUUCGGAGGCGUCAGGCUUCCUCCCACCCCUGACACUAUGAGUACGGCAUAUGCUACGGGUGCAGACCGGUCGAAUGGGUCGAAUGGGUCAAAUAGGAGCACUACAGCCCGAAAGAGCCCACAGGCUGAGCAGGAUCAGCUUUUCACUGGUAGGCGAGCUAAUCACCCACGUUCUGCGGAAGAGAUAGCCAGUCGCUACAGCUUCAAUGAUAGCGAGCUUUUCAACAGUAUGCAAGCCAAUUGCAGUGAUACUCCCCGCCUAGGAGCCACAGCUGAUGAGUCCCGCACUAUCUUACCCUCAUUCAAUACUGUGUCCUCAAAAGCCAGCGCACUUCUCGGGCCCGGAAGCCCCAGCAACCCUGCCAUUGAGACCUUAGGAGAUGUGUACCACGCAAUCGGCAACGAAGCAUCAACCCCCACAAUCAAACGCGUCCGCAGCCCACGAAAGGCAAUGACUCCGGAGCAGCGCAACAGUGACCGCGACUCUUCGCCACUCACACCUCAAGACUGGGUUGCCGCUGCAAGGCAAAGUCCACGGGCCCGCAAGCCCAUGCCCCGUGAGACCCACCACGAAAUUCAACAGCAAGAGCUACCACUACGCAAUGCCACCAGUCCAGCUACCUUCAAUGACAACGACAGUGUCGCUUCGGAAUCGAGCGAGCCCGAGGUCCCUGGUAUUCCAACACUGGACAUGACUACUCUAGAUAUCUUAGAACAACCGCUCGACCUCGCCCAGUCAGAGCCCAAAUCGGAAGCCAACCCCGAGACUCGUCGACGCCUCAGCUUCAUACCUCCAUUCUUCAACCGCUCGACCAACAACGCUCGUCGUCUGCAAGGCUCACCAAUUCUGAACGAUUUUGAAGACGACGAUGAAGACGGUGCCCCAUCCCCUGUAAUCCCCAAAACCAGAACAAUGGGCGGCACCUCUCAAAGACCCAUGUCCCAAAUAAUCACCGCCCCAACCGACCUAUACUUCUCCAACCCUCCAGCCCAUCAUGAAGAACCGCUCUCAUCUUCUAGACCGCGAGGACUCCCACAGUCCUUGACGAUGUCAAGACUUGCCGACCACCCGGGCUCCGCAACAGCCUCAGCACGGCCUUCUACGUCCCAUGGCGUCGAGCACAAACGGCGCAGCUCCCUGGGUAUCUUCAGCUGGAUCAAGAGUAAACGCUCUGACUCUGUGGGUAUCCCCGGGGCGGAGAGACCCAUUGACUCUGGACAGAAGGAGAAUCGCGCUCCAUCACGUCUAGCCUAUGAAACUACUCCUGGGCUUGGAAUCCCCCGUGCUGAAACGCCGGACUCCAUGGAAGCCUAUGUCAGACCCAAGUCUGAGAUGGCUGUUCAUUCUGAUGACUGUUCAAGACGGCCUCGGUAUAUGGGCCGCCGUGCUCGCAGGGCCUGA